CCGCUGCUCUGUGUCCAGGUACCCGCACCCGACUCGGUGUUGCCGCAAAUAUUAUAUUCUUAAGCGAGGACGAAAAAUAACCGUAUUGAACGGCAUAGAAUCAGGUAUUCACAGUAAAUACAAAGAAACACUAUACAAUCAAUGAAAAACAGCACACAAGACGGACAAACAACCGAUGUGCAUAAAACAACAAUCUGCGCUAAUAAAAAAGAAUAUAAAAGCAGAGAAUAUAAUAAGUAAAUAAACUAUAAUAUCAAGAACAUGAGAUGGAGUCCUUGAAAUUGAGUCCAUAGGCUCUGGGAACAACUCAGUACCGAGAUGGAAGGGCAGCGGUAUGCUGAGGACCAGUUGCUUUACCAGGCUCGGAAUGGAGACUUGACUGGAAUCAGACAGUUACUGGAAGAAUGCAAAGAUGGAAAGGUGACUCUCAAUAUCAACUGUAAAGGUCAGAGCAAGUCUAACUUUGGCUGGGCACCACUGCACUUGGCCUGUUAUUUUGGGCAUAAAGACGUGGUGGAGGAAUUAUUAAAGGCUGGUGCAGAUGUGAACGUGGUGAAUGACGUUGGGGACACACCUCUUCACCGGGCAUCCUUCACUGGCAGGAAGGAGCUGGUUCUGCUGCUGUUACAGCACAGUGCCGACACUGGAGUUAUCAAUGGGGAUGGUGAGACAGCCAGAGGUGUGACCCAGGAUGCAGACAUCCGAUGCAUGUUGGAAGCCGCUGAAGUGACACAGCAGAGGAAGCUGGAAGAGCUGUUACUGAUGGCGGCGCGCGAGGGUGACGCCGCGGGAAUAACUGCACUGCUGAAUAGGCCCAACCCCCCAGCCGUCAACUGCACGGACAGGCUGGGUAACACACCGUUACACUGUGCAGCUUAUCGGGGACAGAAGCAGUGUACCAUCAGACUCCUCAAGUGUGGAGCGGACGCCAGCAUCAAGAACAAUAACAAUCAAUUACCUUAUGACCUGGCUUGUGGCACAGAGAUCAGACAAAUACUCGGUGGCAAAUCAUACAAGGGAAUGCAUAAAAUGGUGCAGAGAUUUGAAGGACCACUUUUUAAGCGUUCCAGGUUCUUCGGAUGGAACUUGUUCUGGGUUGUCUUGGAACAUGGAGUGUUGAGCUGGUUUCACAGCCAGUCAGAAGCAAAGACUGACUUGUACCGGCUUGGCUGCAAGAACCUGACACAGGCUGUUUGUAUGGUUAAAGGGACAGAGCAGAGGGUCUUUUCAGUCAAGUUCUUUGAUGACAGCGUUCACAUCUUCAAAACAAAUCUGAAGAGCUCACCAUCUCUUACAAGCCAAGUGUGGCGCCAUGCAAUUGAGGAACAUUCAGCCUACAGCACUCACUACUGCUCCCAGGAUCAGUUCAGUGACUAUGACGAGGACGAAGAUUCGCCCUUGACCGAGUCCCUGCAGGAAUCGCUGAAGACGGUGCAGAGCUGCCAUCAGAAGGUGGAGAAGGAGGUUUCCAACUUGCUCUCCCUGGUUGGUGGUCCGGAGUUUAUAAAAGGACUGCCUCCUCGAGUUACGCAGAAGUUGAAGGACGUCUCCGAAUCCUCGAGAAUUGCGAGCGAGGCCCUAUCUAACUGUAUUGUGCUCAUCGAAAAGCAAGAAGUGGUGCGGAAUCUGAGAUUAGAGCAGGAACAAGAGAAAAACAAGAUCCUUUCCGAGGCCCUGCAGACCCUGGCCUGUGAACAUCAUGAACUGGAGCAGUCUGUGGUCAAAGGGUCACCGCCACACAGUGUACUGAGUGACGAUGAGUUCUAUGAUGCUGUUUCAGAUUCUGACUCUGCAGACUCUUUGAGUGGAUUUGAAACGGUAGCAAGUCAGUCAGCUGACGAAGAACCUUUGAACUGUACCAACACCGAAAGGUCAAAUAUGUCGGAGCAGGAGAAUCGUGGAACCAAACCAGUUCCGGCCAAUGGCAUCACAAAAUACAGGACAAGUUUGCCAGCCCCAAUGUUUUCCAGAGACGAUUUUAGUAUUUGGAGUAUUCUGCGUAAAUGCAUUGGAAUGGAGCUGUCCAAGAUUGCCAUGCCUGUUAUAUUUAAUGAGCCACUUAGCUUCCUCCAACGACUCACAGAAUACAUGGAGCACACAUAUCUCAUCCACGAAGCAGUCAAUUCCCAAACUUCAUUAGAAAGAAUGCAGUGUGUGGCAGCCUUCGCCGUUUCAGCUGUGGCCUCUCAGUGGGAGAGAACGGGGAAGCCAUUUAACCCUCUCCUCGGCGAGACGUAUGAACUUGUCAGGCCGGAUCUGGGAUUCAAGUUAAUAUCAGAACAAGUUAGUCACCAUCCUCCAAUCAGUGCCUUCUAUGCCGAAGGACUCCAUCAGAACUUUGCUUUCCAUGGAUCUAUAUAUCCUAAACUGAAAUUCUGGGGGAAGAGUGUGGAAGCUGAGCCGAAAGGAAUUAUCACAUUAGAACUGAACAAACACAACGAAGCGUACACUUGGUCAAAUCCAACCUGCUGUGUGCAUAAUAUUAUAGUUGGCCGUCUCUGGAUUGAACAGUAUGGAAACGUUGAGAUAAUUAAUCACAAGUCGGGGGAGAAGUGCAUUCUGAACUUUAAGCCCUGUGGGCUCUUUGGCAAAGAACUGCAUAAGGUAGAAGGCUACAUUCAAGACAAAAGCAAGAGGAAGCUCUGUGCAAUCUAUGGGAAGUGGACUGAGUGCCUGUGGUGUGUUGAUGCCAAUACUUUUGAUUCCCACAAAAAAAACGAUAAGAAAAAUUCAGAAGAGAAGAAGUCGAGCAAAUCGUCAGUAGCUUCGGAGAGAUCAGAACCCGAUGACAUGCCACUGCCAGAUACCUUGGAAAGUGUACAGGUUAUACCAGGAAGCAGGCUGCUCUGGAAAAUAUCACCAAGGCCACCAAAUUCUGAAAAGAUGUAUAAUUUCACCAACUUUGCAAUGUCAUUAAAUGAACUGGAUAAAGAAAUGGAGAAUGUCAUUGCCCCUACUGACUGCCGUCUGCGACCUGACAUUAAAGCAAUGGAAAAUGGAGAUAUAGAUUUAGCCAGUGAAGAGAAGAAGAGAUUGGAAGAAAAGCAAAGAGCUGCUCGCAAACACCGAGCCAAGACAGACACUGAAUGGAAAAUCAAGUGGUUCCAUCAAGGGACCAAUCCUUAUGUUGGAGCAUCAGACUGGCUGUACUCAGGAGGGUACUGGGACAGGAAUUAUUCACAGUGCUGUGACAUUUAUUAACACAGCAGAUUGAUUUUGUCAGUAUCUCUUACUGCUGCAAGCAAGUUUCAGGGCAGAAAAUUUUAAAUCAGUAAACCUCAACCAAUGCAAAUUUAUUUGUUUUAUUUCUUACAAUACAAAUGUUCUUUGAGAGUUUUUAAGUACUGCCAAGUAUGUACAAUAGCAGUCUCUUACUGAGAACAUCACAUUGACAAACUUGUACUUGUUACUGUCUUCUCCAGCUGUUGAAUGAUUAUUGAAACCUAUACAUGCCUUGGCAUAAAACUCUUGAGCUACCUCUGGCAGGUUUCACGUAAGGCAAUAUGGGAGCAUAACUGGCCUGUGGACUUUAAAGACAUUAUUAUAUGGUAACUUUACUGUUUUUACUUAAUCACGCUAGUUUGACUUAAUCAUUCUAAAGUUACAGUAGUUCAAAUGAUGCAAGUUGGACUGAAUAUUGCUCUUGUUCAGAUCUGUUCUGGAGAUGGAUGAAAACUAAUUAUAGAAUAGCAACCUCUAUUGAACUGUUUUGUAAACAGUAUAUUUUCCCAUUUAGAUUGCAUAAAUCACCCAUUAUUUGAAAUAUUUCAGUGGAUUUAGUAACCUGAACCCUUGUUCAGUCCUUCACUCAUGAACCUUUCACUCCAGAAGUGUUUGUGUGGAAGUGGAAAGGUAUUUUUACCUUUGUGCAAUGUGCUCCAGCUUACUAUUGAGUCAUAACAUUUCAUUUCCAUGGUUUUUGUUUAUUUAAUAUUUGUUUUGAAUAUAACGACAUGUAGUGUUUUAUUCGGAAGUUUCAAAGCUAUAGCAAGCCUUGCAACCCCAGUUUGAAAAGCUGUGUUGCUAAAUGUGUAAACAGAAUUCUGUAAUUAUUUGUACAGUACAUCAGAACUUGUGUUCCUGAAAUCUUCAACAAAACUGUUAAAACUGCAAUAUUUAUAGUUAAAUUAUGACUAGUUUUGUGCACUGUUAAUGGAUUGGACAAAACACUUCCCCUGUACAAAAAAAUCUAUUCUGUGGAUUUGCAAUUGAUCUGGCCUUCAUAAAUUGAUUGCAAAAUACUACAAUUAUUGGCACUGACAAUGGGUGUGCUUUUCGGUUGCACAUUAUCAUGUUUGUACAAAAAUAAGUAGAAUUCAUUGUUAAACUUUCUGCACAUUUCACAUACAUGAUGCAUUGCAGUUGAUGACACUGAAUUUAAUUAAACUCCUGACUGGAUUGUUCACAUACUUGCUUUUUUUCCUAUAUUUUCAUCUCUGAAGAAUGCAAGAUAGAUUUGGGAUCCUAUGUCUACUGUUACCAUUUUCACUAGUGGUGUAUUAGAUUGAAUUUGAAGAAAACAUAUUUCUAGGUAUAUGUCAGAUCUACUGGAAGGGUAACACUGUUGGAUUUUAACAACUGUUUUGUCACUUAAUGUAAUUGUAUAAAAUGUUAUUGCUGCUAAAUAAAGGCUUUACAAAAACUCGAUAUUUACAUUU